AUGAUGUUUUUGUAUGGGGCAAAAUGCAACGAAUAUGAAAAAGGACAAGACUCUGUUUUACAUAUGGCUGUAUCCAACGGACUUCAAGGCGUUGUUCAGAUCUUGGUCAAUAGAGGUGCAGAUGUAAAUCAUAGGGGAAAGCAUCAACAGAUUCCACUUCAUCGUUAUUUCUCGUCAGAAAAUAAAGACGAAUUAUACGAUCCAUGGUUACCUCAAGCAUAUGUAAAAUCAAAAUCCCAGAAGAUAUUGGAUAUUUUACUGCCUUUGACCAGGGAUCCAAACAUCGAGGAUGAAAACGCUGAUUCCCCACUGAAUCUUGCUUGUGCCUGUUUAGCCUCGAAAAAUAAAGAUGACAUCCGAAAGUUGCUGCAAGCAGGAGCAGAUCCUCUUCACAAAGGACAGGGAAAUGUUGAUGCCUUCGAAAAAUGUAUUGCAACAGAAAGUCUUAGAGCCUUGGAAAUAUUGCUCCUAGAAAAAGGUUCAAAUCAUAUUACUGAUUUGCAUUUUACUGCAUUUUUGAAUGUAUCCCAAAUUCAUGAUGCUAAAUUAUAUCAAAGAGUGGCAUUAUUGAUGCUCAACACAAAUAAACACAUUAAUGUAAACAGAAGAAACAGUAAAGGAGACACGCCAUUUGAUUACUUUUGUUAUCAAAAUGCAACUGAUGUGAUCAGAAAACUGAUGGAAAGAGGUGCAGAUGUUACAGCGACAGCAAGAAGGAACAUUUUACACGUUCUCUGUGAUUCUCCAGAUAUUGCGUCAAAACUGGACACAAUAUCCUUGAUAAUAAAAAGUAACGCCGAUCUGGAUGUCCAAGAUACAUCAGGGAAAACUGUGCUUCAGAAGACAGUAGAAAAGUACCGAAAAUUUUACCUCAGGGAUGGUUACGCACACAGUGCUCGUUGA